UCAUUAUUUUAAUUUGUAUUUAAUAUUUCUAGGUAAACAAAAUUCUGAAACAGUGUAACAAUUUGGUAAUAGGAUUUAUAAGUUUGUAUUUGGAGGAUUUAAAACACUAGUAACUGGAUCACUACCAAUUUGCAGAGAGUUAGCAAAACUAAUUCCUAAGAUCACAGUGAACAUGCUUAACCACUUCAUUGCACUAGUGAGAAUUUGCUUUGUUUUAUAAAGUUAAUUCUUAAUGGUAUUAGUGCCCUAUUAUUUUCUGUCUCAUAUAUGUCUCAAUAGUGCCCUAUUAUUUUCUUUACAUACAUACAUAUACAUAUAUAUAUGUAUUUGUAAGUGAAGACACCUAUUCAUUGUUUUCUCUAUAUGCUGAGCCCUAACAGAUGGGCAGUAGGCAUAAAUUGUUGGUCACUGCUGCCGGUAAAAGAAAAGUUGUGUGAUUCCUGCCUCCUUCCUGACAUUUUCAGCAGAGCCUGUUGCCUGGACUUGGGUUUGAGGUUUUUGGCAAUAUGAAAAUGGCAGGGGGAAGGGAAUAAGCAUGUCAGUUUUGUUGAAUUCCUUCAUUCUAGAUCUCUUUUUAGAAAAGACAUGUACUAUGUAUAGAGCUAGUGCAUAUCUCAGUAAUUCCAUUUCCUGAGCUGUGCAAAUAUUGUACAUGUUAUUGACCUUUCUAAACCUCAGUUGCCUCAUCUGUAAAAUGGAGAAAAUAAGCACUUUUACCUCAUAGCCUGGGUUUGACGAUUGACUGCAUAUAGGGGUAUAUAAAACAACUAUAGCAGUAUCUAGCACAUGAUAUGAUCUCUGUGUGUGUUAUUAUCUUUGAAUGUAUCUAUUAUUUGGAAUUAUUUUGCAGAGGAACUAGGAAAAAAUUGAAGUGCUAUUGAUAUUCAGGUAUCAGCAGAUGUUGCAUACGAACUUGGUCUACCUUGCUACAAUAGCAGAUUCUAAUCAAAAUAUGCAAUCUCUUUUACCAGCACCACCCACACAGAAUAUGCCUAUGGGUCCUGGAGGGAUGAAUCAGAGCGGCCCUCCCCCACCUCCACGCUCUCACAACAUGCCUUCAGAUGGAAUGGUAGGUGGGGGUCCUCCUGCACCACACAUGCAGAACCAGAUGAACGGCCAGAUGCCUGGGCCUAACCAUAUGCCUAUUCAGGGACCUGGACCCAAUCAACUCAAUAUGACAAACAGUUCCAUGAACAUGCCUUCAAGUAGCCAUGGAGCCAUGGGAGGUUACAACCAUUCGGCACCAUCAUCACAGAGCAUGCCCGUACAGAGCCAGAUGACGAUGAGUCAAGGGCAACCGAUAGGAAGCUAUGGCCCCAGACCAAAUAUGAACAUGCAGCCAAACCAAGGUCCAAUGAUGCAUCAGCAGCCUCCUUCUCAGCAAUACAAUAUGCCACAGGGAGGUGGACAGCAUUAUCAAGGCCAGCAGCCCCCUAUGGGAAUGAUGGGUCAAGUUAACCAAGGCAAUCAUAUGAUGGGUCAGAGGCAGAUUCCUCCUUAUAGACCACCUCAACAGGGCCCACCACAGCAGUACUCAGGCCAGGAAGACUAUUAUGGGGACCAAUACAGUCAUGGUGGACAAGGUCCUCCAGAAGGCAUGAACCAGCAAUAUUACCCUGAUGGUCAUAAUGAUUACGGUUAUCAGCAACCGUCGUAUCCUGAACAAGGCUACGAUAGGCCUUAUGAGGAUUCCUCACAACAUUACUACGAAGGAGGAAAUUCACAAUAUGGCCAACAGCAAGAUGCCUACCAGGGACCACCUCCCCAACAGGGAUAUCCGCCCCAGCAACAGCAGUACCCGGGGCAGCAGGGCUAUCCAGGACAGCAGCAGGGCUAUGGUCCUUCACAGGGUGGUCCAGGUCCUCAGUAUCCUAACUACCCACAAGGACAAGGUCAGCAAUAUGGGGGUUAUAGACCAACACAGCCUGGACCACCACAACCGCCACAGCAGAGGCCUUACGGAUACGACCAGGGACAGUAUGGAAAUUACCAGCAGUGAAAAAGUACUUACAUUCCAAUAGCCAGUAUCUAUUAGCAGCCAUAUUGUCACCUCAGCACUGUGGACGCCUCUGUGUGAAGAGAUCCUUCCAUUCCAUCUAGUUUUUGGAAAAACCUUGUGGAUAAGUGGCUGUUUCCUCAGUAAGCAGCCUUUGUGGCUUAGUUGUAAGGCUUUAGUAGCUAAAAAAAAUACCCUUGAUUUCACAUUUCUACUCUAGAUGGCAACAUUGGACAGAAAAUACAAUGACAUAACCAAUUUGCAAUGGUUUGGGAACUGUGUUUCAAAUGGACUGUUACAGACUGAAAGGUGUGAACAGCUUUGUAUGUUUAUGAAGGUUAAGGGAAUUUAAUACUUUUCCACAGAUUCUUUUGUAAGGGGAAGAGGGAAAUGUACACUUUUUACAGCCGCAAUAUUUUGUAUAUUAUGUUUAUUUCAUGUGGUGAAUAUGCAAGGCGGUACACUACGCAUUGGACAGAAUCAGAAAUCCUCUGUUAAUGUGGACUGGAGCAUGGUGGAUGCUUGAUUGUGUUGGUCUUAAAAUGGUGUACUGUAAAAGAUAAAGGUGAGGGAGAAGACAAAGCACACCAUAUGUCCACUAUUAUGUUCUUUAGAGGAAAUUCAGAUCCCUUUUAUCUGUUAGAUAAUCAAGGGCACUGUGAUAGUUUUGAGUAAGAAGACAUUUUUUUAAAAGCUUUCCAGUUUUGUGGAUUAAAACCUUUUUAUAAAGAUCAUUUAUAAUACAGUUUUAAAAUGUGAGGCAAUAAGAAUUACUUCAUGUGGGAUCUGAAGAAUCUUGGUAGCAGUUUCAUGUAAAUGAAGUGGUAAUUCUCUCCUAAAAUAGCAAUAACUGAAAAUGGAAGUGUUAAUUUUACUUUGUUUGAGUCAUCAGGGGACUCAGUAAGUAGUAUCAAAGCAUUUUUUAAAUGAUAUCAAAGAAGAGUCAACAUUGAUCCAGUAAUUUUAUUUUUUAACACUAGAAGGACAAUUGGUUUAUAUAAUAGAAUAGUUCGGGAGACUUUACAAGCCUUUAUUUCAACUUUUUUCCCUGAAAAUAAUGCCAUUUAUAAAAAGACACUUUUAAGUUUUUCCCUUUUUAUGUUGGUUAAUGUUAACACGGAGAGAUGUUUAGGAAAAUGCUUAUUGAUGAGGUUUAUUCUGGUCUGUAUUAAAAGCAUAGAGGUUGCAUUCUAGAUCACUUUGUUUAUUAGCAUGACAUAUUUAAUCAUAUUUGAGACUGUCCUGUGCCUGAUUAUUUUAGCUAAAUUCAGGAAUAUUGCAUUGGGCAGGAAAUCAUGCAUUGGCAAAUUCAUAACCACAAUUAUUUAAGCAUAAUCAGAAAACAUCUAGCCCAAAGGUAAGUUGCUCUUUUCAUCACAGUUGCCUAUGCCCAGGGAAUAAGAUGUAUUCUUUAUAAUUGAAUUGGUUUUUCCCACUUCUAACUGGAAACAAAACAGAAGGGGUGCCAUAAAUUUGAAUAAGCAAAAUGUACUGUUCUCAUCAUACUGUAAUCAAAAGGAGGAAUUUUAAUGUGUUUCUAUGUGUGUAUGAGAGAGAGAGUGUGUGUGUUUUAAGGUCCAAAUAGAGUUUUUUCAACUUGGUGAGUAGAAAAUGGACAUCAAGUUUGAACAGAUAAAGCAUGGACAGCCUUAUUGUGAUUGAAAAUGCUUAUAGGUUCUGUGCCAAUUUUCCACCACUGUGUACUUUGUUGCUAUUUAAAACUGUAUCAACUCUAACGGAAGAAUAAAUUAUUUGUGAUUUUAA